UCCAGUUGUAUGUGGAAGGCUGUGAGGGGAGGGUCAGUCGUCGGCCCUCGUAGUGGUUACAGUGUUUCUUGUUGUAUGGCCACCUGAAGCCAUUCUAGUGAUUUGUUUUUACACCCUAAUCACAUAUAAUUGCCAAAAUGGCCGGGCAAUCCAUCAACGACAGACUAACAGCGGCUCGCUACAGUCUAGCCGGACAGGGGCUUGCCAAGUCAGUCUGUAAAGCAACCACAGAAGAAGUUAUUGGCCCCAAGAAGAAACACUUAGACUAUCUCCUUCACUGCACCAAUGAGCCCAACGUGUCCAUCCCCCAGCUGGCCAACCUUCUCAUCGAGCGGGCACAGAUGCAGUCGUGGGUCAUAGUCUUCAAGGCGCUCAUCACUGUACACCAUCUUAUGUGUUAUGGCAAUGAGAGAUUUACACAGUACUUAGCUUCUAGCAAUUGCAACUUCAACCUCGGUGGGUUCUUAGACAAGACGGGAGUGGCAGGACAAAGUCAUCCACAACUAAGCUAUGACAUGUCAACGUUUAUUCGACGGUAUGCCAAGUAUAUCAACGAAAAGGCCAUCUCAUAUAGGAGUGUGGCCUUUGAUUUCUGCAAAGUUAAGCGUGGCAAGGAAGAUGGGACUUUGCGGACGAUGCCAACAGACCAACUACUCAAGACCUUACCCGUGUUGCAGUCCCAGGUUGAUGCUCUUUUGGAUUUUGACUGUACUGCCAACGAGCUGACCAAUGGCGUCAUUAACUCAGGGUUCAUGCUACUUUUUCGAGAUCUGAUUCGCUUGUUUGCCUGCUAUAAUGAUGGCAUCAUCAAUCUUUUGGAAAAGUAUUUCGAAAUGAACAAGAAGCAGGCUCGGGAUGCUUUAGAUUGUUACAAGAAAUUCCUUAUACGCAUGGAUCGUGUAGCAGAGUUCCUCAAAGUUGCUGAGGCAGUUGGAAUGGAGAAGUCUGAAAUUCCUGAUCUCAAGCAGAGUGUAGGCAUAGACAAAGGUGAUAUCCCCGACCUCACUAAGGCUCCCAGCAGUCUCCUUGAUGCCUUAGAGGCCCACCUGGCAUCACUGGAGGGUAAGAAACCACCAACCUCCUCCGCCUCCACCAACUCAAGUAAAGUGAACAUCAAGAGUGCCGUAUCUGCACUCAACUCGACUAGUGUUUCCUUUGGUACGGCAAGCAGCAAUGGACGUAUGGGGGACACUGUUGCUACGAACAAUGGAACAAAUGUAGAUGAACUCACAAAGAGGGCGGCACUGGCUGAAGAGGAGGCCAUGUAUGAAAAGCUACGGCAAGGGAGCUGGGUUCCUGGAGUGGCGGGAGCUCAAGGGACUUCUAACAUAAAGACUGAUCAUGCCAAAAACAAUCCAUUCCUGAGUUCUCCAACCAGUGAGACAGCUCCAGUCCCAAUCACAAACAAUGGUGACUCGUCUCAGAUCAUCGACCUGUUUGGUGCUUCUCAAACUGAUGCUGCAGUGGCCACACAGGCUAGUAAAGCAUCGGAUGAUUUACUUCAGUUGGGAAAUCCAUUUGCGGACAUGCUGACCACCCCAGCUGCCAGCAGUGCUCCUGCCCCCCCAACACAGCCGUAUUCCAAUGGUGUCUCUCAGAGUGUCUCUCAAAGCUCCACAUCCACUGGUUUUGUUUCUGAUAAUACGUUUGAUGCUGUAUUUGGCAACAAUAGUACAUCCCAGAGCACAGUUGUGAGCGGUACCUUCGGCUGGCCAGCUGCUCUGGUAGGAGGUGGCACCGACUCCGACGUCAAUCCUUUUGCUGACUUUGGCGUGUCAGGCCCCCCUGCUCCUUCCUUUCCCCCUCAGGGUGGUGUCAGCUCUCAGGACACCACCAGUACCACUACCACUGGGGCAGCUGACCUGUUGGGUGGCUUGGAUCCCCUGACAGGUGUUGGCAGCAGUGGCAUGUCUUCCCAGGCAUCCACCAUGCCUCCUGCUCAGUCCCAAGCAUUUGAUGGAUUUGGGGACAUUCUGAAACCUGAAGGAAGUGUGGGUGGUGGUGGUGCAGGUGGUGUCCCAGCAGCUCCUGUUGUGGGUGUCCCAACCACAGCACCCACUUCACAGCCUGGAAAGCUCAUCAGCAGUGAUUUAGAUAUGUCCUUAUCAUCCCUGGUCGACAAUCUCAACAUUAAAGGUCCUGUACCACAAAAAGGUCAGUGGAACUCCCCAAAGACUCAAAGUAAGACAGGUGGGGCUGGUUGGACCCCAGUUGCCCCAGUAUCUGCCACUGGAGGUUUUCGUCCACCUAUGCCAGGACAGCCAAUGGCUGCCCCAGGAGCCCAACCAAUAGCAGGUCAAACAGGACAGUGGAGUGGUGGAAUGCAGAUGGGUGGGGCUUUCCCUCAGCAACCCAUGCAAGGAAUGGGUAUGGGUAGUGGUGUUAUGCCUGCAGGGUUCCCAGCAGGUGGAGCUCAACCAGGAACACAGCCAACCCAACCCACACAACCUGCUGGGUUUGACCCAUUUGGUGCCCUGUAACAGUCCAGGUCGAACAUAAUAGAUGCAUAAUAUUGGCAGUAAUGAAACAACAUCAGUCUUCAUUGUCACCACGUGUUCAGUGUUGUGGCUUCAUUUUUGUGAUCCUUUGCCUCUGUGUUGACUGAGGACAAGGGAGAUAUUAAAAAGUGUGCUAGUAGAGCUGAUUGCUGUCGUCAUGCCAAAUGCAUGUUGUAUUUUUCACUUCAGAGUGUAGAAUCUGUGAUGUUUUAAGGUGAACUACUUUGUUGGAAUAAUAUGAAUUUCUAUGAUGGUAGUAGAGAUCAUGUCACCACAAGAAAAUGUUGUCCAGAUAAAAUCACCCACAUGAACACGAGAUUUAAAUCAUGCUGUCAUUAUUGAGUUGCCUGGUGUCCAUUUCUUCAUGUAUAAUUGAUAUGUAAAACGUUCCAGAUGAUGUAAUGUUGUUUAUAUGACUGAUUACCAUUUGUCCACUCAACAGACACGUAACUAUCAACUAGGCUUCUAAUGUAUAGCAUGGAAUUAAUUUUAAGUAAUAUACAAAGGUGUAUUAUAUAAAUUGUACAUUCCAAUGACUGCAAGCCAAAAGUUCAGCCUUGUGGGAUGUAGUGAGGUGUUGCUGUGUGGUGCAUCUUUUGUAUCAUAUUUAUUCUCUUCAACAUCAGUGAUGCCCUGCUGCCAAGGUGAAGGACCAGUUUAAUGAAUUUAAGUUGCCGACAUAAGUCUCAAGGGAAAGAAAUUUGCUCACAAUGGGCACUUGAGUGUAAUGCCUUCCAAUUGUCUCCACUUUUUAAGUAUCACAGUGCUGUUUAUCCAGAGCCAAGACCGAUAGGAGAAAAAUUUUUACUAUGCAAGAAAUCAUUGGGGUAGCUUUAGACUUCAACCAUCAAAAUUUUUGUUUUACUCUUUAGAUAAUUAAGAAUUAAGUGAAGGAGAGUAGACAUAUUGACAGAUAAACCAGAAAUUGACUCCACUUUUGUGUAUAGUAGAGACAAGAAUGUGGAGAUGACCACACAGGGAGAACCCAAGCUCUUAUUACUCAUAUCUAAGUAAUUAGAAAAAUAGUAGUUGUACAUAGGAGAGAAUGGUGUUUGCAGUGGAUGUAGUUGUUGCAAAGAUAAAUUGUGUGCAUUCCAAUUUGUGAGAUAGGCACAUAGUUAUAAUUUUUAAAGUCAAGUUGUAAGUAACUGGGUUGGUUGACUCGUAUUUACAACCUGUAUAUGUGUUAGCAACGUUGUCAAAAUAUCAUUUGAAGUAUUCAUGUGAAAAUCCCUAAUAGAAGGGAUUACUAUAUUGUUGGCUGAAUUGUAGAGAACAUGAAUAACAUCCUGCGGCUUCUCACCAUAAACACAGGACGCCUUAAACUCCUCCUUCAAGAAGCCUGAAUGGCAGUGCUUUUAUAUUGUAUAAUAUGUAUGUAUGCAUGUAUGUAUAAAAGUAAUACACAAAUCCAUUCAUCUACAGUAUAUAUUCAUUUAUGUGCUUAUACAUGUACACAAAUAUGAAAUACUAUACAAUAUAUAUAUA